AUGGAGGAGGAGGAGACUGUUAUAUCAAGUUGGCAACAAUCAGAUUUCCCAAAAGAUCCGAAUGGCAGUUUUUCCAGGACGAUCAAACGUGGGUCGAGCAAGGAAAAUAUUGAUAUGAAUGCAUGGCUAAUAGAACAAGACAGCAAGCUUACUAGUAAAAUAAAAUCUGAAGAUGAUGAGAUCAUACUAGAUGAUGAGUCAUUAUCUAGGCUUAUAGAAGGAGAUUUGAAAAGUGAGUGAUUUAAUUUAUAGGUAUUGGGUAUGUCCGUAUGUGAGUGGAAUGAUUGCAUCACCAAGCUGGCCUGCUUGUCAGCUCAGCAUAAUUGUUUGGGCUGUGCCACUGUAGACUGCAAACUGUCGCUUUAUCAUCCUUUGUUUUCCUUCCACCAAUCUCGGUUCACAAGUGAAGGAAAGUACUGGGACUGUUUGCAGUCCAGUGACAGCCGACAGGGAAUCUGUCGAUAAUAAUAGAAUGCUGAUAUAGAGAUACGACAUUUUAUUGUAUCACUACUACUACGAUACAUUGAAUAAUAAACCAGAUCAGGACACUCCUACAAUCCCAGUACGAGUAUCCCCAGAAAAAGUUAAUAUAUUAUCCAAUGGUUACACCAUCCCCACCUCCGCCAAUGUCUAUCAAAUUAAAACACACAUAGAAAAUCUGCACACAUGCCUGCCAGACAAGCAUAGAUCCACCCCCACGAAAAUAAGUCAAGUAAAGGAUGCAGAGGGUGCUCUUUGUCAGCAUUGACCAACACACAAGCUAAUUUAUUUAAUAUAUAGCAUUCCAUAGACAGAUUUUCUGGAAGGGGAUGCACACCCCCCAAAAUAUUUUGCACCUCCUCAGAACAUUCUCACACCCCAUGUAGAGAAAUUUGCACACACACACACCCUCCAGAAAUUUAAAUGCUCAUUGGACUAAAUGACAGAAGUAUGAUUGAAAUAACAAUUUUGAACUAAGUAAGACUAAAAACAAGGAUUUUGAACUACAGUAAACGCUUCAUACAGGACAUAUAGGCAAUGAACAACUGUCAAUAACACCAUAAUUGCAUUGCAAUAGGAUUAAAUAGGUUAAACUGUACUCGUCUGUACCAUUUUUUCAGGUGAUGAAAAACAUGAAUCCUUUAACAGAUCAAGAAAACCUAAGCCAAAACCUCGACAUGAAACAAGAUUUUUAAAUACCGAAAAUCAACUAGCCAAUGACUCGACUGAUAAAUUGUUUUCAGACAGAAAAGACAAAGCAGAGAAUUUGUUUUCAGACAAAAAAGACAAAGCAGAGAAUUUGUUUUCAGACAGAAAAGACAAAGCAGAUAAAUUAUUUUCUGGCGUAAAAGACAAAGCAGAUAAAUUAUUUUCUGGCCGAAAAGAUUCCCCAGACAAAUUAUUUUCUGGUGAAAAAGUAAAAGAGAAGAAUGAUGACACGAUCACAUCACCAAGGCCAGUUCCACGUCCUCGUUCAAAACCAAGAGAAAAAGAUCACGAAAAUAAGGAACUGAAUGAAACAACAGACUCUAACAAGGUAACUGCUGAUCAGCUUUUUGAUUCAAUGGGAAAGAACAGUAAAAGUGUCUCGUUUAGUGAUGUCAACGCCAGUAAAGAUUCAACAAGGAGAGGCUCGGAAUCACGUGACAAAAAAUCUAACAAUGAUAGAAACUCUAGCAAUGAAAGAAUUCCACCAAAGAAGGCUCCAAGGAGUCCGAGAAAUAAACUGAACUCCAGUAGUCCACGGAAAGGAAAAUCCUUAGAUGAAAGUGAUUCAGAACAAAGAACUUCAGAAUAUAAAAAACGCCCACAGCCUCCGCAAAGGCGUCAUGACAGAAAGUUCUCAGAAAAUAACAGUUCAACAGCAGAUCAUGAUUCUGGAAGUCACAGAAUUUCGGAUGGUAUGGAAUUAUUUCAUGGUCGGGAUGGUAGUGAUACACAACACCAAAAACAUUUCAGAGAUGAUCCUUCGAGAGGUGAUAGUUCUAGAGAAUUUAAACAGAAGAUGCGUGAUGACACAAUGUCUGAAAGUCGAGCCAAGGAACGGAGAACUCCAAGGCGGGAAGGUGAAACUCCAAGGCGGGAAGGCGAAGCUUCAAUUAGGCGCCAAGGCGGAACUCCUAGAUGGGAACAGAAGGAACACGAGAAUUAUGGUUUUAGUAGGAAAAGCGAGGGUUAUUCUAGAAGUAGACACGACAGGUAUGAAGAUACGAAAGAACGUGAUAGGAAGGGAAAUGUUACAGACAUGUUUGAAGACCAUGUACCAGUCAGCAAUGAAAUUGUCCUAGACGAUGAAGAAGACAGAACUCACCAUCACAGCAGACGCCUGACAGGUAGGCCUAAUAUCUUAUAGAGGUUGUAGUUUGUGCCGAAUAUGUGACGGUCAGGCCGGUUCGAAUAGUUGAUAUUUCGGAGCUUGGUCUAGUUUCUUCUAUAUGUGUCUCAGUACCUUAUGAUUUUAAACCUAACAUUUGAUUAUUAGAUAAGAACCGGUGAGUUCUAUUUGAUAACGCUAUCCAAUCGAGUGAGAGUUAUAUCUUUUUUAUCCUCCCCUAUAAGAAACUGCUUGUUUUAGUAUUGACCAAUUAAGACGAAAUCUUGUUUGAUUUCUUUUAAUUUCCCAAUGAUCUUAGCUAUACUAUGUUUACUACCGUAUAUCAAUAGCUUGAAAAGCAACUAAUUCUUAAUUAUAAUACAAAAAAAUUCUUAAUUAUAACAUUUAGCUUAUAUUGUCUUGAAGGUACGGAAAACAAGGGAAGAUCUCCCAUGAAAGCCCAAAAAUCUUUGAAUGAAAUGGCAAAGUCUCCAGAUAUGUAUAACUUCAAGUAUGAAAGCAGAGAUUCGCCUCAAAAUGACACCUUUUCAAGAAGUAAGGGAAGAUCUUCCUCGUUAACGGAUUUGAAUAGCUGGAAAAACUCUCAGUUUGAUCAGGAAGAGGAGAGUCUGGAUAGCUCUAGAUCUGGAUUUACCUCCUCACGCGGUAUCAGAGAUGCUGUCUACGCAGAGUGGCUGCAGAAGAAACGGGGAAAAUUGAAGGAAGCUGUUAGGAAGAAAGUGGAAGAACAGAAGAAAGAAGAAGAAAAGAUCAAGGAAAAACAAGAGAAGGAAAUACUGGUAAUGUUCAAAACAAAUUCGUAAUUACACUACACAACUUUUGCCUAAAACUGUCGCAUGCAAACCUGCUUACAACUUGAGUUGUACUGAGUGUGUAAAUCAAGCGUACAACUGGCGGACUGGCCUACGUUGUCGUAAGCAGGUUGCAUGCGACAGUUUUAGGCAAAAGUUGUGCGUCAGUCGGCCUUAACAAAUAAGCUCAAUGGCAAUGCUCUGGAGCAAGAGAGCGACUAGGCAUUUUGCCCUGGGAUACUUACUGGAGCUAGUUUGUCGAAUAUUUUGGUAAUAUUUAAACAAUUGUACUGAUUAUCUCGUAGAAACAGAAAAACGUGCACGAAAGUUUAAGAAAAAUUUCAAAUGUCUCAAAUUCCUUACCCCUGCCUUAAGAUCGCUAACCAUGCACAAACGCAUUUGAAGGUAAGUUUUACAAGUUUUUGAAAGUUUCGGCAAAUUUUUAGCAAAUUCAUGCAUCAGCCUUCAAUUUUAGUGCACAAAUUGUCCUAAAUUCGAACAACCAACAAUUAACCUCAAAAUAUGACUUGAAGUUUGCAGUCUGUCGUACACGUCAAUCUUAUUCUUAACCUCUCUAAAAAAUAUUUAAGACAUUGGCACUGAUUAUCUUAGCGGAAACAGUAAACUAUUUCACUGGACUGUCUUUUAAGUUGGUUCGUCCAAUCCUCCCCAGGUUGUAUUGCCAUAUACUAUUAUCAAAGGUGUUUACAAUACAUAAUAGAGGUUGGACGGUAUUUUAAGGGAGAAAAAGGACUAUCUUACCUCUGGGUAAUUAUUCUCCACUAUACUUGCGAUUUCGUCUGUAGUUUAUGGAAUAUGGGAGAUACUUCUAUUCAAAUCCUCGACUAUAUCAGAAAUCACUCUAGAAAAACAAAUUGAUUUCAGAGCAACGGGUCGGCUAGAUGCGUCUUGCUUUUGCAUAUUUCAGGCAAAGAAAGCUUUUGAAGCAUGGAGUUCAAAGAAAGAGGUCGUGAUUAAAACUGAAGUGAAAAAUAAGAAAGAAAUUAAAAACAAAGAAUUAGACGAGAAGCGAGAGAAGGUUAUCAAGAAACAGGACGCUAAGAAAUUCUUUGAAUCGUGGAAAAGUAAAAAAGACGUAGUGUUGAAGGACAGUUAUAAAGACAAGAAAGCCAAAGAACGAGAAGACAAACAAAGGAAAAUUGAAGAUCAUAAAGAGAAGAUUGAAAUAGCGAAGAAAGCUUUCGAUAAAUGGUAAAGGCAUGAAGCCAUUUAUAAAAGUAAUGCCUAAUGGUUGUGGAAGCAUUGUUUCCUAACUACGUUUCCCCAAGGUGGCUAACCCAGAUUACGAGUUUCCGCCAUCCAUUCCUUUAAUUUUUUUUCAAUUUUCGUUGCAAGGAAAUCACAAAAAGACGAAGAACUGAAAGAGGAGAGUCGGAGUUCCAGACAAGCAGACAAAUUGAAAACAAAAUAUGAAAAAGAAGCGGAGAUGGAAAAACGUCAAGAAUGUGAAAAAACUUUCGAAGAAUUUCUUCGAAAGAAGGGAACGGGCAAGAGAGCUCCUCCGAGUCCAACUCUCACACAAAGGUAAGAUUGUGAUAUAAUACACAAUGUCACAAAUCAUGUUGCGACGUCCAACUGCAAGUCAAAAUGUCUGUCUGACCUUGCCAAAAUGCGACAAUUAAAUACAAACGUAAUCGGUAGUACCUUUGCCUAAACGGGUUACAAAAAAUGGGUUCAGUCUGAAUCUAUUUUCGUGGAAGUGACAAAAAAGUGAUACGUGGUCGUGGCGAGUUGUUGUUUGUAUAAAAUGUUUUCUUAGACCGCCUAUGGGAUCGCUUGCCUGGGUAACUGCCUGCCCUCUCGCGUCAUUUCACAAACGCAGUAGCAACGUCGAAGUAAGUGUAUUCGUUGUAAAGUCUAUUGUUAUUUUAUUUUAUUUUUAGGGCAUGGUGUCCGGGAAGUUUAACUCGAGGUACUAAUCUCAUACCAGAGAAAGUUAAACCUGUCAUUGCACCACCGGCAUUAAACAGGUCUAGAUCAUUUUCUGGGACGACUAGAAAUAUGGUAAGGUACUGUAUAGGUAAACUCAUGAUAAAUGUAUAUAUACGGUGGGCGGCUUCUAUUUGGAGAUUUGUGAUAAUACAUUGCAAUAUGAAUUACGUGUUCUUUCUGUAGAUGUCAUUUAACGCAACCAAGAGGUCAAGUAGAGGAUGGUAA